AUGUACGAGCUCAAGACCAUGUCCAUCUCGUGCAUGGACGGCUUCAAGGUCCUCAAGCUCCCGUACGGCCCGGACGGGGAAUAUGAACCCGCCCCAGGGGGGCUUCCCUACAAGAUCCACCGUGGCCCACGGGCCACCUCCGUCAAGACGCCUCUGGGCGAGGAUGCCACCCAGUUCUCCAUGUUUGUCUUCCUCCCAGACGAGCGCGACGGCAUGGCCACCAUGGUGGACGUGAUCACCGCGGCACCUGGGUACCUCUACAGCGUCCUGCCCACGGAAACCAAGCUAGUGCAAAUCAACCUCCCCAAGUUCGAGGUGUCAUUGGACUGGGACCUUGGUAGUGACCUCCGUCGGCUGGGACUCACGCUGCCCUUCUCGCGGAAGGCGGGCGACCUGCGAGGCAUGUACAAGAAGGACGACGGGCGGCCGACCUUCCUGACCAAGGUUGCGCACAAGGCGAUCAUCAAGGUGAAUGAGGAAGGGACCGACGCGGCUGCGGUCAUGACGGCCUUGCGUGGCGGCGGACCAAUGCCGGACCAUGUGGAGUUCGUCGCCGACCAUCCGUUCACGUUCAUCAUCAUGGAGGAGCGCUCAGGGGUGAUCGUGUUCGCCGGCCACGUCCUCGACCCUACCUGCAAGUGA